AUGCAGUGCCCUGCGCCCUGCGCCAUGUUUCUUCACCUGGGUGUUUUGGUCCUGGCUCUGGCAGAGGGCGGACUCGUUGGGAGCCGAUGGCAGCGGGUGCCCACUGGUGCUGUGGAGCCGCAAGGGUGGCUGAAAAUGCAAAUGACUUUGCAGAGCCAGGCAUUGACAUCGCACCUGCCACUGUUUUGGCCCAACGUGGCCAAUAGCACCUGGAUUGGAGGCUUUGCCGAUGUGGACGGUGGUUUGCACGAGAACUUGCCAUAUUGGAUGAACGGUGCUGUCCCACUUGCAGUGCAACUGGGUGAUCAAGAGCUUUUAGGCACCAUCGAAGGUUAUCUUGAUAUUAUCUUCAAACUUCAGCAGCGGAGCGGUUGGAUUGGUCCGGACACAGAUCGCUCAGAUUUUUGGUCGCGGAUGCCAUUCCUGAUGGCACUGGCGCAGUAUCAUGAGUCACUUCCAGAUUCACAGCAGGGUCGCAAGCAACUAGUCGAAUCUGUGGCCUACCGAUUUUUCAUGCAGGUGGAGGAACGUUUGCAACAGGCCACAUCGGUCACGUCCUGGUCGUCCUACCGAGCACAUGACUUGAUUUGGUCCAUCCACUACUUCGUAGACCAGUUGCCCAUCGAGUCGAAGAAGGGGCAAUGGAUGUUGGAUGUCGCUUCCCUUUUGCAUCACCUGGCAUUCCCAUGGAACGAAGAUUGGUUUAACAGCAGCCGCUUCCCGCAGUCCGCCGUGGUGAUCGAUACUCUGCAGACCCAUGGGGUGAACAACGCGCAGGCGGUGAAGCACGGUGUGGUUUGGGGACGUCAAAGCGGAGAUCCUUCCAAAGGCUUUGAGGAGUCAUGGCUGGCAUGGUCGCAAAUCCAACGCUAUCAUGGUCAGCCACAUGGUGCUUUCGGGGCAGACGAGCAUCUUGCAGGUCGCAUGCCCUCCCGGGGCACCGAACUCUGCACGGUGGUGGAGUCCAUGUGGUCGCUGGUGUUGACUGCACAGCUGGCAACCAGGGACCAGGAUGCCGUGAAAGCCUUGGAUGCUCUGGAGCAACUAGCCUUCAAUGCCCUGCCGGGCAGCUUGAGCGAUGACUUGUGGUCACAUCCCUAUCUGCAGCUGGCCAACUCCUUCCAAGCCUUGUCCAAUGAGCCGGAUCACAUUUGGACCCACGAUGGUCCUCAGUCAGCCAUGUAUGGCCUUGAGCCCAACUACCCCUGCUGCACCUCCAACUUCCAUCAAGGCUAUCCCAAGUUCACAGCGAACCUCUUCUUUGAGCGGCCUGAGAGCAAGGAGAUCAUUUCUGCUAUAUGGGCCCCUAGCAUCAUGCAGAGCAAAAGCAUUGGUGCCACAGUGGAGCUGAAAACGGGAUAUCCCUUUGCCACUUCCGUGGAAUAUUGGAUCCAUAAUGAAGAGGCCUUUGUGCUGAAAAUCCGCGUGCCCGAGUUCCUGCGCCAGGACCCCAGGACCUUAAAGGUACAGCGGGACGGGCAGCUGGUGCAGUGGAAACUCCUGGAAGGUUUCCUGGCCUUCGAGAUCCCAGCACGUGGCGCACGACAGGCACAGCCUGCCAUCCAAUUGGACUUCCAGGUAGAGCCGGUAACGAAUAAAUCCCCAGAAGGAAGCACUGUGCGGUUGGGACCUUUGCUGAUGGCAUUGGAUCUUGAAGAGCAUCGUCAGCUGGUGCGGCAGCAUCCCUACAAGGCCGCCGAUUGGGACACCUCCAGCGCCGCCUCGUGGCGCGUGGCGCUGCCGAAGACGCCCAGCUUUGGGCCGGUGCAGCGUCGCAGCAGCUUUGCCGCCAAGCCCUUGCAACACGACGCGGAGGGCUGCCCGCUGCAGCUGCAGCUGCAGAUGCUGCAGCUGUCGUCGCAGCAGUGGCCGGAGAUGCACAUGGCACCCACCAUGCCACCAGAGGUGCACACCUCCGGGCAGCUCGUAAACCGGACGCUGUUGCCUUAUGCAUGUACAUCGAUCCGUAUCUCUGCAUUUCCAACUGCAGAUGGAGCAGUGAGCCACUGGGUUUGA